AAUUAAUUUCCCCGAAGAAGAAGUCUUUUUUUCUCUUUUUGCCUUUUUCCCUCUUUUAUCUUUUUUGGUAAUGAAAUGGGAGAGAUGGAGAUGGAAGAAAUCGAAGCAGUUCUGGAGAAAAUCUGGGAUCUACACGAUAAGCUCAGCGACGAGAUUCACUUGAUUUCCCGCUCUCAUUUCCUCAAAUCCGUUAAACCUCCAAAUAGAUCGGAGAAGAGGAAGAGCCAUGGCUUAAACUCCGCCGAAGAGAAGCCACAGGGAUACGUCUUCAUCAAGGGAUUCCCCGUUAACGACAACGACGCGGCGGUUCAAGAGGCGAAGAGCCUCCACGCGAUUCGAACCGCGCUUGAGAACCUCGAAGACCAGCUCGAGUUUUUCCAUACUAUACAUACACAGCAACGAACAGAGAGAGAUGUGGCCGUUGCCCGGCUUGAGCAGAGCAGGAUGUUACUAGCUAUGAGAUUGGCUGAACACAACGGCAAGAGCUACGGAGUUCUAGAUGAAGCUCUUGCAUUCGUUGGGAGCAUUAAAACCGCCGCAAAUUUCGUUUCUCCUGAUCAGCUUUACAACUCCUCUCCAAACCCAACCGGAGCAAACUCUACUCCUUCUGAUGGAACAAAGUCCAACUUUGUAUUCAACGCCUUCGGGUUGGCCAAAAGAGCACUUGGAUUCAACCAUGUGAGAGGCGUUCUAGGAAACGCUGCCAUAUUCGCUAUAAGCAUGGUCGCCAUGCUACAUCUUCAGCAAGUGGCUUCUAGUGAACAUCAUCAUCUAGGGAAGAAAGAAAACAGGUACCAUCAGAGGAAAACUUACGGAAGAGAGAUGUCUUCAUCUGAUAUAAGCUUGGACCACUUGGACGUGAUGAUGGCUCGUGGUUAAAUGGUAAAGACCAGAUAUCAGACUUGUCUACACGUGAUACUCAGACUUUGCAGCAAUGGAAAUAAAGGACAAAAAGGUGAACCAAGAAGAGAAGAGAUAGUUCCUUUCUUCUCGAUUCAAUGAGCGAAAGGGUAAGUAUUUGGAGGUGAAGUGUUGGAAUCUUCUUAGCUGAGCUAGUGGUUUUUUUUUUGUGUGUGUUUCUUGUUUUCGAAUUUCAGUUACUGUGGCUUAUUUGUAGUUAGUUUGCGUGUUUUGUUGAUUUCAAAUGUGGUUAGGCUUUUUGUAAUCACAAGUUUCUGAGUCAAGGUCUGUUAGCUUGCUUUGUGUAUGCAUUUUCUGUAGUGGGCAAAUUCUCUUGUUGAGGCAUAGUGAAUGGAUGAUAUUCGUGAACUUACUGGGUCACUCUAGCCUUUAGGCUUAUCUAUAUUCCUGAACUAUCC